ACUGCAAAAACACAGUACUGAAGCACAUGGGAUCAAGUACAAGAAUAGUUUGCAUUGUACUGCUAGGAUACUAAGGAUUGAAGGAAUUAGAGGACUUUAUAGAGGUGCUACAUCAUCUUUUGUGGGGAUGUCUUUUGAGAGUUCCCUCGUUUUUGGCAUUUAUUCCCAGACGAAACAGUUUCUGCAGGAAGCUGUUUUGUGAAAUUUGCAACAACUAUUGAAGCCGACAAGGCCAUUGCAGCUCUAAACAAUCAACAUUUUUUUCCUGGGAUCGUUGAGCAUGGUCUGGGACAUCUGCCAUUUACAGAAAAACAGGUGGUCACUCCAACUGGUGCACAAGGACUAUGUGCCUAUCCUUAUGGAGUGCCUCAAUGAUGGGACUCCAGAUGUGAGGGAUGCAGCCUUUUCAGCUUUGGCAGCGAUAGCUAAGUUGGUUGGUAUGAGACCCUUGGAGCGGUCACUUGAGAAACUUGAUGAUGUUAGAAGAAAGAAGCUUUCUGAAAUGAUUUCAGGUUCUGAAGGUGGCACAUCCACCAAUACAAGCUCAGCAGUCCAAGCUUCUGGUGCAACCGCAUCCUCUCAUGAGAAUGAUCCUUGAGACCUCCAACAAGAAAGGAUAAUUAUUUACGUCUUUAAUGUAUGCAAGCAUCAGAUGCUUCAUUUGUUAAAAAGUCAGU